AUGAUGACCGGCAAAAACUUCAAAGCCAUAGUAGUUGGCGGCGGCCCUAUGGGUUUGACUGCGGCUCACGCGCUCUCCAAGACCGGAAUCGAUUUCGUCGUGCUCGAGCGCGAACCCGUCGUCGUUAAAGACAAAGGUGCAACAUUGAUUGUCGCCCCUCAUACGAUGCGAGCCCUAUCACAGUUUGGACUCCGAGAUCAACUUUUGAGUGUUGCUGCAGAGGCGGGCGAUAUGCACACGGUUACUAGCGAUGGUUGGCUAUACUACAUUCAACGAGCUGGCGACUUGAUGAAGUCUUCACUAGGGUGUUGUUUAUACGCAUUCGGCCGUGUCGACGUCGUCCGGGUGUUAUAUGAUGGCUUGGGCGGUCUCGAUAAAGCCCGUGUCUUGAUUAAUAAGAAAGUAGUCGAUGUUAUGGCUGAUGAUUUCGGCGUGACGGUCCGCUGUGAAGACGGUACUAAAUACGACGGAUCGAUUGUCAUUGGCGCCGACGGUGUCCACAGUCUCGUUCGCCAGCGCAUGCGAACACUCGCCCUACAAGCUUCUCCUAAUCUCGAGGCCAACGAAGACAAACCAUUCCCUAGCGAAUAUAGGUUGCUAUGGUGUUGCAUUCCCUUCCAGGGCGAAGAGAACGGCGGGCCACCAGGCUCGAUGUGGGCGACGCAUGCGAACAACGCCUCGGUAAACUAUUUCGUCCAUUACAAUAAGGCGUGGUUGUUAAUCUACGAACGCCUCCCCGCUCCAACUAGGGAGCGUGCCCGCUAUACAGAAGAGGACAUCAUUACUGUUGGGGAGAGGUUGGGCCAUCUGGCUAUUUGCGAUACCUUGAAAAUCAGGGAUGUCUUUGCGCAGCGUGAUAUGGCUGGUUUGGUGAACCUUGAGGAGGGUGUAUUGAAGCAUUGGGCUUGGGGGAGGAUGGCACUCGUGGGUGAUUCUGCUCAUAAAUUCACACCGAAUCUUGGGCUUGGGUUUAAUAAUGGCGUUCAAGACGUCUUCGCCCUCACCAAUGAGCUGUAUAAUGUCCUCAACGGUCCAUCACAAGGGGAACAAUAUGGUGGCGAUGUCAAAAAGGCAAUGAACAACAGCCCGAGCACUGAGGCCCUAUCCGCUGCGUUUCAGCGGUAUCAAGAAUCACGCAUACAACGAUGCACAGAAGACUUUGAUUCUUCGGUUACCUUAACUCGGAUGUGUGCCUGGCCAAAUACCUACUAUUGGUUUAUCGACUGGUGGAUUAUGCCACUCUUGCCUCGAUGGCUUGAGGUGCAACUCAUCAAGAAUACGGCAAUCAACCGCUUCAAGAAGGCGUACAUACUUGAUUUCCUGGAUGGCGAAGAGCCGUUCGAAGUCGGUACGGUUCCUUGGGAGAACCCUAUAGGAAGCCGCUCUCCCCGAACUUUAGAGAACGAUAAGAGUAGGAAAUCCGCGGGAUUUCCAUUUUGGAGAGUCCUGGGAAUUUGCUGUAUUGGAUUUGCUUUAGCAGCGGUCUCGAUUAAAGGCCAUUAUAGAGUAUUUUAGGAUAUGUUAGUAUGAUUUUGUUAAUGACUUGUUUCGGGCUUAACAUAUAGAGGUUUACAGUCGGGGGUUAGAAUCGGAUUCCGCGGAGUUAUGACUGCGGGGCAAUUUGCUCGGGCGAGAGAAAAUAUCUCGGCGAGUUUGAGUUGGAUGAGAUGAUACUUAUGAGACAAUUUGAAAGUUUAGAUGUCUAUUUAAAGAGAUGUAGAUGAGCCAUAUGUUCAUAUAUGAUAUUGAAAUUGUAUAGAGUUACGGAAACAUG